GUAUGUGGUGGUGAUGUGGAACUUAGCAUCUGGCAUCUUGGCUCUCGUUCACUGGCCUCAGUUUUGUCAUGUGGACGGCCACCUCAUUUCCGUCAUAUUGUUGCAAAAAUGAACGGUGAACGAAUUUUAGCAGGAGGGAGCAGUGACAGUGUAAUGCAGUUCGAUUACACAGGACAGCACGUAACGUCGGUAAAAACACCGCUGUCUUCCAUAUAUUCCAUUCAGACGAAUUUGUCAAUACCGAAUGGAAUGACAGCUGUUGCGGGCGACUCACCGCUGAUCAGUAUCUUCCUAAAUCUCGGCUACGUUGCGUUCAAUUUUUCAGCUGCAUCAGAUCAUACUGUGCCGCAGUAA